AUGAAAGAUGAUCUUUGUUCUGUUGACUGGGACAAUACAUUGAAGGAUAAAUGCUGCACUGAGACAUGGACAGUGAUUUUAGACAUGCUACAUUCUUUGAUGGAGAAGUAUAUCCCCAAAGCCAGUAAUAAGAAGCAAAAGAAAAGGAGUAUUUACAUGACCAAAGAUGCAUUGAUCCUCCAAAAGAGGAAAAGCCACUUGUGGGAUAAGUACCGGAAGUCAAGAUCAAGAUAUUAUUAUGACAGGUAUAGAGAAGUUAGUAAUGAACUUCGGAGUCUUACACGACAGCUCAGGAAGGAUCAUGAGGACGAUCUCAUCAGUAACAUUGGAUCGAAUCCAAAGGGUUUCUGGAACUAUGCUAGCCACAAGAAAAAAGCAAGAGUUGGAAUUGGAGACUUGAAUAAUGAUGAUGGGAGUCCCAUUCAUUCAGACCAAGGAAAGGCAGAAGCUUUGAACACAUACUUUGCUAGUGUCUUUACCAGUGAAAAUGUGAAUUACCUGCCUGAUCUAACAGGAAUUAAUCACGGUGAGGCAGUCAUUAAGGAAGUGACGGUAAAUCCAGACAUAGUAGAAAAGAAACUCAGGAAUCUGAAUGGUAACAAGUCUGCUGGGCCAGACAACAUUCAUCCCAGAUUCAUAAAGGAACUGGCUAGAGAACUGGCAGAACCAAUGUCAGUCCUUUCCAACAGAUCAUUGGAAGAGGCAAAACUUCCUGAGGACUGGAAAGCAAGAAAUGUCACGCCAAUUCACAAGAAGGGAAGUCGGAAAGCUAUGGAGAACUACAGACCAGUUACUCUAGCAUCAGUUGAUGGGAAGCAGCUUGAGAGUAUCAUUAGAGAUGCCGUGAUGAAAUUCUUGGAAAGGAAUAACCUUCUCUCCGACUGUCAACACGGCUUUGUUAAUGGACGGUCGUGUAUGACCCAGCUUUUAUUGGUCAUUGAAGAAUGGACUAGGAUAUUAGACGAUAGCCAACCUAUUGAUGUUUUAUAUCUAGGCUUUUGA